AAACUAUUGAAGCGAUAGUUAAUUAUUUUAAACUUGUUAUGGGUUGGGCUAGAAACUACCAAAGCGAAGAAACUAUUGAAGCGAUAGUUAAUUAUUUUAAACUUGUUUGGAUUAGGCCAGAAAUUAUCAAAGCAAAA